UUUAACGAUUCCCUCCUUAUCUUUCCCUCUCCUGUUCAAACAUUUCAAAUUCCCAAAACCCUUCGAUUUCGGGUAUAAAUAUCCAUCCCUAGAUCCCAUAAUUCAUCAGAAACCCAUCAAUCACAUCUUCAACCUCUUCAUCGAUUUUCCCAAUUCCUUCCAAAUCAAAUCAUCAAAAGAUGCCUUCCAUGCCAGAGGAGCCGCUUCUGACUCCAACCCCUGACAGAUUCUGUAUGUUUCCGAUUCAAUACCCACAGAUCUGGGAGAUGUACAAGAAGGCCGAGGCAUCGUUCUGGACGGCGGAAGAAGUCGAUCUAUCACAAGACGGUCGCGACUGGGAGAAUCUCAACGACGGCGAGCGACACUUCAUCAAACACGUCCUCGCCUUCUUCGCCGCCUCAGACGGAAUCGUCCUAGAGAAUCUCGCUUCCCGAUUCAUGUCCGAUGUCCAAGUCUCGGAGGCGCGUGCUUUCUACGGUUUCCAGAUCGCGAUUGAGAAUAUCCACUCGGAGAUGUACAGUCUCCUCCUCGACACGUACAUCAAGGACAACAAAGAGAGAGACCAUCUCUUCCGCGCAAUCGAAACCAUCCCUUGCGUCGCGAAGAAAGCUCAGUGGGCGAUGACGUGGAUCGACGGAUCUCAGACUUUCGCAGAGCGAAUCGUCGCUUUCGCCUGCGUCGAAGGUAUCUUCUUCUCCGGUAGCUUCUGCUCGAUUUUCUGGCUUAAGAAACGUGGUCUCAUGCCUGGAUUAACCUUCUCCAACGAGUUGAUCUCUCGAGACGAAGGCUUACACUGCGAUUUCGCGUGCCUCAUCUACACUCUGUUGAGGACGAAGCUCACGGAGGAGCGCGUGAAGUCGAUCGUCUGCGACGCCGUCGAGAUCGAGAGGGAGUUUGUGUGCGACGCGCUUCCUUGCGCGUUGGUGGGGAUGAACCGUGACUUGAUGAGUCAGUAUAUCGAGUUUGUUGCGGAUAGGCUUUUGGGUGCGCUUGGGUACGGUAAGGUCUACGGUGUGGCUAAUCCGUUUGAUUGGAUGGAGUUAAUCUCGCUUCAGGGUAAAACAAACUUUUUCGAGAAGAGAGUUGGUGAUUACCAAAAGGCUUCCGUUAUGUCCAGCGUUAACGGAAACGGCGCGUUUGAUAAUCAUGUCUUCUCGCUCGACGAGGAUUUUUAGAUCUAAUACUAUAAUUUAUCACUGUUUUAUCAUUGUAAUAUUUCCGUGUAUUACCUUCGUUUUAAUUAAUGAAAUACUAUUAGUAGCUCUA